AUGAUCUACCUCCUCAAUCAUGUUGCGCGCAAGCACGUGUUCGUGAUUAAUCGUGCCCUGGAUGUCAUUGACAGCCGCAUACGGCAUGCCGCUGCCCUCGAAAAUCUCAAGCCAUUCUUGUGUCGUGCGCGUUUGGAGUUCUGCUUCAACCAUUGCGUCAAGGACUUCGCGAUGCUUGACGCGCAGAGCAUUCGUGAUGAAACGCUCGUCUGUGAUCCAUUCUGGCUUGCCGAGUUUGCGACAGAGUAUGCCGUAGAGUUUGUCGUUGCAGCCGCCCACGGCAAUGUUGGUAUUUUUGGUUUUGUAGGCGCGAUAUGGCACCACAGUUGCUUUAAUGAUAUCAGCGUCAUUUUUGCAUACCCAAAUAACAAGUGUCAACUUACCACCUGCUACUUGACAAUCACUCAAGCUCGCGUCGAUCCACUGGCCAAGUCCAGUAUCUCUUCUUGA